CAUGUCCCUGUCCCUCAGGCUCUUCUGCCGCCUGGACCAAGACAGGAGCAGAUGCCUGGAUGCCAGGGAGCUCCAAAAGGGCCUGGCCCAGUUGGGACUGGUGCUGACAGAGGCAGAGGUGGAGGCUGUGUGCAGGCACUGGGACCAGGAUGGCAGUGAGAGACUGGACCUGGAAGAGUUCCUGCAGGCUCUGCGGCCCGCUAUGUCCCAGGCCCGGAAGGCAGUCAUUGCAGCUGCAUUUGCCAAGCUGGACUGCAGUGGGGACGGUGUGGUGACAGUGGAUGACCUCCAUGGGGUCUACAUUGGCUGCUUCCACCCCAAGGUGCAGAGCGGGGAGUGGACCGAGGAGGAGGUGCUCCGCCACUUCCUGGACAACUUUGACUCCUCUGAGGAUGGGCAGGUCACGCUGGCAGAAUUCCAGGACUACAGUGGUGUGUCUCCGUGGACACAGAUGAAGUUUGUGGCCAUGAUGACCAGUGCUUGGCAGCUGUGAGCAGUGCCCUAGCUUAGCACCCCUCUCCCAUCCUCAGUCAGGACCCUCCUCACCUGGGCUCUGAGCUGAGCAGGGCCCAGGUGAGGAAGGGGUGGGCAGGGGAAUUAAGGCUGCAGACCCAGCUGAACCAGGUUCCUGCCCUGCUACCAGAGGUGGGAUAAAGGCUCUCCCUGCCCACACUGUACUGACCUGAGGCCUCAGAGGCCCCUGUUAACAUGACUGCCCCUACGUGACCCCUGGGUGGGGAGGCAGUGUGUGAAGGUGGCCUAUUGGGAGGCA